AUAAAUAACGUAUUUGAGAACACAUUCAGGCGACAAGGGACAGGCAUUGACCAAGCCGACACAUUACUACCCGCUUCGGUAUAAAGUAGAAUACGGCAGCUCGGUGUCUUUCUGCAGAUAAAAAUCCCAUUUUCUAUUCUUCAGGAUUCAAGAUACAGGGACAACCAUGGGUCAAGAAGAUGGAAAACAGGCGUCGUCCUUUGACGGGAAAGAAACCAGAGGUUCGGUUGUUCUUUCCGUUGCAUUCUUCGCAGCAUUCACAGCUUAUAUGGCAAUCCAGAAUCUGCAGAGCAGCUUGAAUCAGGCAGCAGAUCUUGGCAUCAUUUCCCUGAGCGUUUUGUACGCAUGUAUAAUAUUUUCUGGAAUCUUAGCUCCGGCUGUGAUCAAAUUUCUUGGAGUGAAAAAGUCUCUGAUCCUGUCAUGGAUAUGUCACAUCCUGUACACAGGCUCGAACUUCUACCCAACAUUCUACACGUUGAUUCCAUCCUCCAUCCUCCUUGGUGCCAUAUCGGGCUUCAUGUGGACUGGUCAGAGCAUCUACAUAUCUGUGUGUGCCUUUUCCCUUGCCAAAUCUACAGACAAGACCGAGUACGAUGUUCUUAGCAAGCUGAACGGCUUGUUCUUCACACUGUUUGAAACGACACAAAUAACAGGGAACCUUGUAUCAUCACUGGUUCUGCAAACAGGAACCUACAGUAAUGUGACUGGGGGAGCCGUGUGUGGACCGGAAUAUUGUCCAUUGUCAGUGAAUGGAAGUGAAAUAGCCACCCCAGAGACAAGCGUGGUGUACAUUCUACUAGGCAUCUACCUUGGGUGUGAUGUCAUUGCUUUGGUUGUCACAGUUUUCUUCCUACCGCCUUUGCCUAAAAGUAACUGGAGUAGCAACGCCAGCUUGAAGCAAUCUCUCAGUUCCUUCUUUGUGACCCUCUUCAAGAGCAAGCUGAUAUUCCUGGUUCCUUUCAUCAUGUUCCAGGCGGUGGAACAAGCUAUUCUAUGGGGAGACUACACAAGGUCCUAUGUCAGCUGUACUAUCGGAAUACACAUGGUUGGUUUCAUCAUGGCAACGUAUGGGGCAGCCACUGCUUCCUGUGCCUUCGUAUUCAGUCGCAUUGCGAAGUACAUUGGACGUUACAUUCUCUUCUUCACUGCUGCUGUCUUACAAGGCGGGGUGUUUGUAGUUCUGUACAUAUGGACCCCGACAAGUGAGGACACAACCUAUCUCUUCUUGAUUCCGGUUGCAUGGGGUCUUGGAGAAGGUAUUUGGCAAACACAAUCCAACUCCCUCAUUGCCCUCCUGUUCCCGGAGAAGAAGGAGCCAGCCUUUGCUAACUUCCACACUUGGAAAGCCAUCGGAUUCACACUAACGUUUAUACUCAGUAACUUUCUGUGUUUGAAGACCAAACUGAUAUUCGUCAUGAGCCUGCUAGUGGUUGGUAUGACGAUGUACACUGGUGUGGAGAUUUAUAACAGGAGAUCUCACGGAAGUGACGUCACCAAAUCGGAAAUUAAAAUGGAGGACAAAAAAGAAUCGAAAACUUCCUUGUAACACAUUUUGGCCUCUUCAUAAUUUUAUAAUAAUUUUAAUAAAAUUGCAUAGAUGACA